UUAGGGCUGUUUUUGAAUCAGGAUGAUUUGGAUGAAGCAAACCGAUUGUCCAAGAAAAUCGACUAUGUUCACUUAGAAGACUAUGAAAAGGAUAUGGUUCGGAAUAUUCUGGAGUUCAACUGGGACUCUCAACACCAAAUGGUGUCGAAUCUGCUGCACUUUCCCCGCAUCAUGCCUGAAGAUAAGCGAGUCAAAUGGAUUUUAAAGGGAUUAAGGGAAGAGAAACAGUCUUAUUAUGUUCUAGCAGCAGCUACCGGAGUUGCCGGUCUAAAGCUUCAUGGCAAAGAUUCAGAAGAAAUCGUGGAGCUGCUGAAGAACAUCUCGACUUCGCAGAACGGAAUGGUAGCUCUUCGGGCGUUCAUGUCACUUGCCGAUUAUUUGAAACACCCGAAAGAUACCCCCUUUGUGAUGAAAUUCAUGAAGAAAUCCAAGUCGAAUUUGAGAUAUAAUUCGCUGGACUGGCUGAUAGAAAAUGUCAAAGAUCGAAAAGAGCUGUUGUCCUUGUUCGAGGAUGAAUCCAUCCCGGAAGAUGUCAGACUUGAGGCCGUGGAACGAGUUAACAAUUCAACGGAUAGUGAGGCGCAAGGUAAAGUAAAAACAACGUGUUUUUUUUUCCAGGUAUUUUACAACGUCUGUUCAAAAUCAUGCGAAUAUCAAAACGUUUUGGAUGUUUGAUUAAGGGAUUUACCUUAGGCGAGGUGACCUGUAAGUAAUGGACACUGAUCCUGGCAUAGAUCGCACUUUGAUUAACUCUUCUAAGCCACGCGAAUAGAUACAAUUCUUCGCUCUAGGGCGUUCGAAAUGGUAUUACAAAAAUGCGCAAAGUACAUUAUUUUUUUCUUAAUAUCCCGCUACGUUUAUUUGCAAAAUACUCAGCAACUGCGCUAAAAAGAUCCAUUCGGAUAUAAUUUUCUAAAAGCGGCUGGCAGUCUUCCGCUGGUCCGGGGUCUUUUGAAUUUCAGCCAACAGAAGAAAAAUCGCACUCCUAAUUAUGAAAAUUUAUCCGGUUUUCAUGAACGUUUUCUCAAUAAUUUUCGGAUGGGUUUACAAAAUUUUUUGGAGGUCUUUCCGCGACAUAGACUGCUUUGGGGUUAAGAAGGGUACUUUAUAUAGCCAAAUAGGCCCUCGAAAGAUCUGUUAUGAUGUCUUUCAUCAAAGAAGAACGAGCAAGCGGAAUUAAAUAUCACAAAUUGCUAGUUUUAGUCAGGUUUUUUAACAGGCGGAUGUAGAAUAUCAGAGGUCUCAAUCGGCAUUUCUUAGAUUUACCGACACGAGGUCGUUUUAGAGGUUUCUUUACAUGUGGUCGCGGAUUAUAAAAAUUUACAUAAGCGCCCUUCAUGUCGCAUGUAAACAAUUCACUUUUACUAAGAAAAUAAACACGCAGUUACACUUGUUCUGACCCUUCAUCUUAAGAAAUAAUCUGAAACUUCUCUGUCCAAUAUCUAAUGAAAUAUCGUUUAAAGUGUUUCGUUAAGUUCAUGAAGAGCUUUUUCUAAUACAGUUUAGCACUUUUUCGCUCUCCUUUGUACAAUUUCAUCGCUUGGAUGCCCUUUGUCUUGAAUUACAAUUAGUUAGAUUAGCAACUGCCCGUUUUUUAAAUGAACAAUGAACUAUUUCGGUAAAGCGAAAAUUGUUUAUUUUGGCUUCAAACAGGAAAACCUGGAAUACAAGGCGCCAGAGAGAAUAUAGGCAUCGAUAAGCAAGACCACUUACUCCUCACUCACUAGACACACUAAUUUGCAACUGAAGAGAAGUACACGUUAAUUGACCGCACAAUAUAGAGUUACUCUUGGUAAUAAAGCAAAACAACCAUAUCGGUCAAAGAGUGCUGACAGCAGGCCUAGCUGAAAUGAAAGGUCGGUUUUUUCAAUAAAAACAAACGUGCAAGCAGUGUGUUUUGCUAAUUUGAACGCAGGUGGUGUCCUAUUCUACACAAAUUCGCUGUGAUAUUUGCAAAAUAAAAAAAACAAAUGUCAAUACCAAGAAGCUAUAAUUUGUGUGACCGCUUUUUAAUUAGGCGUCCGCAUGUCUGCAAAGUUCUUUAUCGCUGAUUGCAGUGUAAUUUUCGAACAAAUCCGGAACAGUGCAAGAGAAAAGUAGGUAGUUUUGAGAAGCGUGUGAAUUAGUUCCUGACUCGGAAAUUCAAGUUGUAAGGUGUAAGGCCGAGGUUGAGUGUUUGUAAACAAACAAGAUUUCACUCCGUUGGGGAAAGAAGAGUAAAUUUUGUUCAAGAAACUUGAGCCUGUUUUUUUUUUUUAAUGAAACAAAGGAUCUUAGGAAACGAUUAGCAAAAAGAACCUUGAAAGAGGAUUUAAUUGAAAGUUUAAAGAAGUACGAUCAAAAGCCAAUUUUUUCCUAACAAAAUUCAUCACAUUAUGUAGAUCGACUGUGCAAUAAAGAAUGCUUUAUGCAUGAGUCGUAACAGGAAAUUUGAAGAACUGAAACGAUAUUGGUAGGCAAUCAUCCCUUCAAAAAUUAAGUAAGGACAAUGUAAAACUCUUAGCUCGUAAGAAGAUCAGGAUUACGACAGUUGACAGUCUUAAUACCUGAUAAUCUGAACAGAAUUUUACUAAUGUGUAAACUGCAUCAGAUGAAAUAUCAAGAUAAGAGGGAUUGUGUUGUGGUUAUCAUGAUCGCAUUAAAAUUUCCUGUAAUUAGGUAUUUGAGAAAUUUCACCAGCUAAAAAUUUUAAAAUGGAUGCUUUCUGGAAUAUAGCUGUGCAAAAGAGUAUUUACUUUGAUCAAAGCCUCCUUUUCGUUGUAUUUUUGAGAACAACUUCAUAAACCUCUGAAUUAAUUUUUUUUUCAAGUUCUUGUUGUCGUUUGUCAACAGAGUAGGAACGAGUUUAAACUAAAACUCUUAACUUUUUUUUGGCUCGAUCUAACGUAACAUUAGAUUUCAGGAUAAGCCAGUGACGUGACUCAGCCUGCAUAAGUAACUCUUAAACUCAGUUCUUUCAAAUUGUCCGCCAUUUAGUGGAUUCCAAGGCGCGGUGGCUUGGUGGCAUGAAGCGUAUCUCAGAGAGAAAUCCCAGAGAUCUUUGAAAACUAAAAAUAGGCAGAGGCCAAUCACGUGACUUAGCCUGCAUAAGUAAUUCUUAGACUCUGCUUUCAGAUUGGGCAAAUGAAGAUCUCCACCAUUUCACAUUCGUGCCAAACCUAGCAGAGUUUGAAGCCAUGCGGACAAAGGAGCAGACACUCUCAGAGCUUUUUUCCGAGCUCGAUCUGGAUAAAGAUGGUUUGAUCGGUGCAGAAGAGCUGAAAGAUUUCUGUGAAGACAUUGGCCAGGACAUCAGCUUGGAGAGAGCAGCAAAAGAUAUUGCGCUGGUAGACAGUAAUAAAGAUGGAAAAAUUGACAAAGAUGAGUGGAUCGAACUAAUGUUUCCAAAGUUUAAUGUUCAAUGA